CGAGAGCCGUGAUUGGUUCGGAGAAGGAGGCCGCUCACGAAGUUUCUAGAGUGCGGAAGAAAGAUCUGGAAGGUUCUGGAGGUGGGGCUGUGUCUGUACAAUAGGCAGGCCGUCACUGUAUUGGGUCAGAGUAGUCCUUACGAGCGGUGUUCACAGUUUGUUUGUGUGCGUUGAGAAACCAGUGACCACAAAGCACAGCCAGAAGUAUGGGCAAGGAUUACUACAAAACUCUAGGACUGACGCGGGGCGCCUCUGAGGAGGACAUUAAGAAGGCAUACAGAAAACAGGCCCUGAAAUACCAUCCGGAUAAAAACAAGGACCCUGGAGCUGAGGAACGUUUCAAAGAGAUUGCUGAGGCGUAUGACGUGCUCAGCGAUCCUAAAAAGAAGGAGAUAUUCGACAAAUUUGGGGAGGAAGGUCUAAAGGGAGCACCAGGUGGUGGAGGAUGUGGCGGUACCAAUGGCCCCUCAUACAGUUACAGUUUUCAUGGAGAUCCUCAUGCCAUGUUUGCCGACUUCUUUGGGGGUCGCAACCCAUUUGACAACUUUUUUGGACGUAAUGAAGAGGAUAUGGACACCGAAGACCCUUUUUCAGGGUUUGGUAUGGGUGGCUUUGGCCAUUUAGGCGGCUUCCCCAGGUCUGUUCCCGGUCGACGUGAAGCAAUGUCUAAGAAACAAGACCCUCCAGUGAUCAGGGAGCUUCCAGUCUCUCUUGAAGAGAUUUUUACUGGUUGCACUAAGAAGAUGAAAAUCUCACACAAACGUCUAGGCCCAGAUGGGAGAAAUGUUCAUACAGAGGACAAGAUCCUGACCAUUCAAGUGAAAAAAGGAUGGAAGGAAGGCACAAAGAUCACCUUCCCCAAGGAGGGUGAUGAGUCGCUAACCAACAUUCCCGCAGACAUUGUGUUUGUGCUGAAAGACAAACCCCAUUCAGUGUUCAAGAGAGAUUCAUCUAACUUGGUGUACACAGCUAAGAUAAACCUACGAGAGGCUCUCUGUGGUUGCUCCAUCAACGUCCCCACCUUGGACGGGCGUACCAUUCAACAGGUCAUCAAAGAUAUAAUCAACCCAGGCACCAAGCGCAGAAUCAGUGGAGAAGGACUUCCAUUUCCCAAGUCACCUGACCAACGGGGAGAUCUAAUAGUGGAAUUUGACAUACGUUUUCCUGAACGCCUUUCUGCUGCUUCUCGGGAAACCCUAGGAAGGGUCCUGCCUGCGUAGAUCGCAGCGGGCCCAAUAGAACAUAGACCAAAGCGGUAUUGAAGGGUCCAUUUGAAACUCCUUCAGUACAAAAGAAACUGGAAAAAGAUGGUGAUAAUUUUUAGAGCACACAAUUAGUUACAGUUCUUACAUUUUGUUAUUCAGCUGUCUUAUAAUAAGCAGUGAUGCACAGACAUUUUCUAGUUUAGAGAUGCCUGAAGCCUACACUCGGGAAUAUCCAUGGAGACUUGUAUUUUCUACAUAAUAUGCUUGUGUUGCAUUUGCAAUUGAAAAAAACACAAAACAAACCGCUUUGCCAGGGGCCGUUGUAUACAGGGAGAGGAAUGCAUCUAUGACCAAACUGGGUCUUCUCGGUUCAGAGGGUUUCUUUUUUUUCUUAACCAUUCCUACUGUAACAAUAUUUAGUAACUCUACAUUGAAUGUAUAGUUCACGGACAUUUUGCUUGAAGUCAUGUUAUUCCAUACAGAGAUAACUCUGAGCCUUUUGUCACAGCUUUCAGAUAUGCCAAUGUAAACACUAAUAUGUGCUGUGUCUUAAAAGGGACAUUGUUGAUAUAAGACUCUGAGCUAUCUCUACCAAAUUCUUAUUUUACUAAGAUCCGGUCUUCUCAUCUCGCUUUCAGCUAGUGUUUGACUGGAGUGCUUGUUAUGUUACAUGUAUGUUGCUAAGCUUAUUAUAUGUUCAAUUUAAAUUGGGGCAUGCCUGGAAAUGUAGUGUGUGUGUGUGUAUGUGUGGGAAGGGGGGGUUGCCCUCCAUUUCUUUUCCUUUCGCUCAACAGUUGCAAUAAUUGUUUCAGCCAGUAGCUGGCACUGUGGAGCAAACUUUGGCCCCUACUCUGAAAUCUUAUUGCCUUUGUGUCAUUCAAGUGAGGGUGGGACUUACUUUGGAAGUGAGGAAAUAACUGGUGCACUCAAGUGUCCCCUAUAUAUAAAUACAUUUGUAUUUGUUGUGUAAAUAUUAUAUAUAUAAUUUUAUUUUAAUCACUUUGUUUUGUGUUAACGAUUCAGCUGUAAAUACGUGAUUUGCAGGCUAAUAGGAGCGGUGUGCUAGGGAUGGGUUGAUGAAUGAUCUGUCAUGUAUGGAGUUUGUAUGCUGGAGUAUAUCUUGUCAUGUUUGUAUUGGAGAAUGAGACUUCCUAGUGCUGCCUGUAUGGCUAGAAGCUGUGUAGGCCUUGUGGUGAACCACACGUCUCAAUAGAGCUGCUGAUCCACAAGUAAACAUCUCCAAGAGAAGGAGGAAUGUCUCCUCAACACUCAUUAAAGUAUUUUCAGUAA